CCUGAACCCCCUUCAACAAACAAGUGGCAACUAGAUAAGUUUCUAAACAAAGUAAAUCCCCACAAUAAAACACUAAUUACCACACAAUCAAAUAGUCAUGGGAUUAACAGGUCUCAACCGGAUGAAAGCCAAGCAACUGAAAACCAGACCUCCAACAAGAGCAAGCCCACCGCAGCACUGGCACCAGCAGAAACCAAGGACAGAGCUUUGCUCAGUCCCAUCCGAGAGAAGGCCAAACCCAAGACUGGUCAGAAAGCUCCAGACAGCAAAAGCACCAAGGUAAAAUCACCAGCCUCAGUGGAGCUAGCACCUCCCAGGAGAAGCACUGGCAAGAAACAGCCAAAGAAGGUGGAGAGAUCCUCCAGCAGCGAGGAGCACAACUGGCCCAGACCGGGAAAUUCAAGUUCGACCCCGAAAGAGAAAGAGCCUCCACCUUUAGAACCUCCCAAACCUAGAGGGAAGGGUCCUGGGGUCAAGACAGCUCCGAGAAAGGAACCCCGGACCACCACAGCAAACGCUGCACCUGCAAAUAUCACACCUGUUCCAGAUAAGAAGAAGCACAGAGGACCCAACAAGAUUAUCCCCAAAUCUAAGGAAUUCAUAGAGACCGAGUCGUCUUCAUCCGAGUGCCACUCGGACCCAGAAGAGCUUUCCAAGGUCCAACUUCCCUGCCCUGGUCCUAACACCCUAAGCCUGAAAUCUAAGGAUUGCAACAGCAAUAUCCUAAGUGUUAGUAGCCUUACUAGUACAAGCAGCACUUCUAUUCCUGACCCAGGUGCCUCAGAUCUCCUGGAAGAGCCUCUCUUUUCCCCCAUCCCCAUUGUGCAAAAUGAACUUUUGUCACCGCUAAGAGAUUUUGAGGAGGUCAAGUCACUUUGGGUUAAGAUCGAACUCAGGUUCCUGUCUCGGAUCCCGGGGCAGGACGUCCCAGAACCUCCGCCAACCAAGGCAGAGUGCCGGGAAGUCAGCGUCAAACACAGGCGGCAACAGUCACCAGCCUCCAUCCCUGUAGAGAAAAACCCUAGUAAAUCAAAGAGGAAACACAAGUCUGAGCACUGUGACGUGAUGAGUGGAGGCAAGAAGCUCAGGAUGGACAAAGAAGCUCUUCUUCUUCCUCCCUGUAUCUCUCCUAUACACAACCACAAGGUCUCCAGCACAAAAGAUACGUUAAAGAAGCAGCCUCGCAAGCGUGAAGAGAAGCUGUUGCCCCCACUGCUGUCGCCGCUGUCAGACGAGCCGGUGGGCCGCCAACGGAGAAGUAGUGAAUGCAGCUCCCUCAGUCAGGAGGGAAGCACCUCCACCCUCACCAGCACCUUGACCUCCACCCGACCAAUAACUGCCUCCACCUCCUCAUCACACAAGCACCACAAAGGAGAGAACAAAGCCUUCUCCCAUUCCAAGACCAGCAGUGAGGAAGACGGUCACAUCAAGACGUCCAGCAGUUUUCACAGCAACAGUCAGUCAGACACGGACCUCUGGUCGAACCCUUCAGCUCUGUCCGUUGAGGACAUGGAACCGAGAAGGCCAAAACUCACGUUUAAUAACACAGUUCACAAUGCAGAUUACUACAUGCAAGAAGCCAAGAAGCUAAAGCACAAGGCAGACGCUUUGAUGGACAAGUUCGGCAAAGCUGUGAAUUACGCCGAUGGGGCGCUCUCGUUCAUCGAAUGCGGCAAUGCCAUGGAACGAGACCCAUUAGAGGCCAAGUCACCUUACACGAUGUACUCGGAAACAGUAGAGCUCAUCAGGUAUGCGAUGAGAUUAAAGAACUUCACUAGUCAUUCCGCCACAAUAGCUGAGAAGAAACUCGCUGUACUGUGCAAUCGCUGUUUGUCACUUUUGUAUUUGCGAAUGUUCAAACUGAAGAAAGAUCACGCAAUGAAGUAUUCACGCUCGCUAAUGGAGUAUUUCAAGAAUUCUGCGAAAAGUUCCCAAGCACCUUCGCCGUGGGGAGCCAAUGGAAAGAGCACAGGUACGCCGUCUCCCAUGUCUCUGAGUCCGUCUCCCGUCAGCUCUGUCAGCAGUGGAGCCAUGGGUUCGUCCUCUGCCUCUGGAAGUGUGGCCAUUCCUCAACGCAUCCACCACAUGGCAGCAAGUCACGUCAACAUAACCAACAACAUCCUGCGCAGCUAUGAACACUGGGAAACCGCUGACAAGCUGGCUCAGGAAAGUCAAGAGUUCUUUCAGGAGCUGGACUCAGUAAUGGAACCGUUGACGCAGCACAGCAGCAUGACAGAACUGGUGCGAUACGUACGCCAAGGAUUGCACUGGCUCCGGCUGGAGGCCCAUUUGUUAUAGUGCUGGCGCUUCCACUGUGCUCUUUCUCUCUCGCUGUCAUUCUCACUCUCUUCCCCACCGUUCAUCUCUACCUCCACUAUCUUCGCCAUCUCUGGAGCCCCGAGGGUAGUCGACAGUUAACCACUAGCGAGCCUUCGAACUGUGAGUUAUUCCCAGGAGAGUGCAUCAGGACCCAUUUUGGAACGCCACAGACUGGAUUACCCGGAAGGACGGAACGUCGCUGCGUCGUAGUGAAACGCAUGGGCUACAUGGACAGAUACCACAGCUGUAGCAGCGAGCAAGUUAACCGAAUGAACAAAAACCUAGCUGGUGAUCUCUGUUUUGGGGGUCAGGCAAACUUAGACACGUUAUUAUUUGGGUAGCUACCGAACUGUAGCUUUGUACAUUUUGUGCAUUUACGUAGCUAGCUACCCAACAACAAUCGUUUUGUUCAGUAAGCCGACCCAAAACAGAAACCCGGUCACAGAAGUUUAAAGUAACGUUUGAUAUCAUGCCCCCUACAGUGUACUUGAAAUUGCAACGUGGCCAAUUUCAAAACAUUAUAUGAAGCUUGUGUAGCAAGAAGCAUUGGCGUACUUGUGUACUGUAUGUUUUGAGCUUAUGCUGCGUUUACACCAACCGCGGUAAAGGCGUGAAGCGUGAGUGAUUUCAAGUCAAUGUGAAGAUGCGUUGAUGCGCGUCAAGAGGUCCCGCGGCGCGGAAGACGCGUUUCCGCCUCUUUUUGCAGCGUUGUGCGUGGUACGCGCGGUGUGCGCGAAUGGUGCUUUUUGUGUAUUUUGCGGUUCACGCGAAUUUGCGGCUGACGCCCGAGUUGAAAAAUGUGAACUUUAGCGGAAUUUUGCUCCCCGUUAACCAAUCAGCAGCCUGCUUGCUGCUGUGGUGGCAGCCUCGCCCGGGGUCACUCAUUCAACCAACGCUUGAUGUCCGUGCGCAGUCACCCAGGGCUAUACCACACAAGUUCUUAUUUCUAUAGAGGAGAAAGGAAUAAAAAGGACCUCGCUUGGAAGAGUGUCAGUGAGGACAUUGGGCAACCUGGUAGUUGUAAUACACACUUCACUUUUGAGUCACGUGACGUUUAUCGACCCGCGUCGUUUAUUUUCCCCCUAUAGUAAGGUUACCAAAUACAAACUGGUAACUCUCUUGAUAAAUGCACAAUCAACAUCAGUCAUCUUGCAAACAGACAACCGCAUAGCACAAGAAGCGGGGUUUGCCUCUGACGCGCGUCAAAUGCUUGCUUUUUCCACGCGUCUACUCCGCUCUACACGCGCGAAUGCAUCCAAAUUGUUCAAGUGACAAACCAUGCGCAGUAGACGCGAUUUUGACACCCGAAACGUGGUUGGUGUAAACUCAGCAUUAGCCCCAUGGAGUUAAAGGGAUCGUUCACCCAAAAAUUUAUGAGCCCCAUUCACUUUCAUAGUAGGAAUAAAGAAUACAAUAGAAGUGAAUGGGGCUCACAAACAAUUUGAUUAAAAUAUCUUUCUUUGCAUUCAGUUUAUACAGGUUUGUAACAACAUGAGUGAGUAAAUGAUGACUGAAUUGUCCAUUUUUUUUGUUUGUUUUUUGGUGAACUAUCCCUUUAAGACACACUCGGUUAGGGUAAGCAUAUAAACUGAGCUGUUAACAUCUCAUACUCAUUUUCAGGUAUAUUCAAGACCCAUGUUGGUCUAUUCGAAAUCGCACUUAUCCGUCAAGGCUACGCUAGUCAGAUUGGUUCUCUCAGAUGUUGCCAUCAUUCUGUUGUACCGCACUAUGAUUGUUUGCUUGUUGCUUUCACUCCCAAGAUCUUACUAGUUUGCCAUUCAGAGACAGAUGAGCGAUUUCCCUUUAUGCGCAUAUGAGAGAUUGAUACUUCUGUAAGUGGCAUCAGAGAAAUUUUUUCAAUAUGUACCAUAUUGACUGUGUAGUAUAUGACAGCUACUUUAACUGUUCGGUGUUUGUUCAAUCUUGCAUGUUAACGCGGAGAGCUCGAGGUAGAAGUGAAAGACAUCGGCGAGCGCUACGACGAAUCGAUGUGUUUUUUGCUAUCAUUCCAGCAUCUUUGGAUCGAUCGAACUUAACAUUAGGUCGCUAUCUGUAGAGAGUUUAUUAACGCUUGUAUUUUAACAUCGCAUUUUUCCAUUUCAGGAGACAUUCGCGAACAAAACAAGUCAGUGUUUUUGGACCUCCACAAUUGUGAUCAAAUCACAAAUGUUUUCAUUUUUUUUUCACGCAUAAACUCUUUAUCGAUGAAUUUAAUGUUAAUAUGAGAAAUUGUUUCUGUAAAAUACAGUUUCUCCGUGCAGGUCUGAUCGUAAGUGUGUCCAUAUGUGUGUGAAGCAGAUCUUGUGUUCAUCUUGUAUUGCAUAGGUUCAUGCAUCGAUCUAUCAUGUGAAUGUCAGACUGUGAGAGUGACAGAGAGGAUGUACUGUAUGUGUGAAAUGAACAUUUCACUAAGAUUUUUCAAAAGUGCCUGCGUAUCCGAUGGAAAUUUAUUAGAGUCUAUAUUUAAGAAUGAUACUGGAUCCGAAUGAUUUUCCAUACCAUAUUGGUAUAUCCAAUGUUUUUGUUUUCAUAACAUAAUUAUUUAUUUAUUUACUUUGUAAAAUGUUUGUAUCUGUUUUGGCUUUAACGUUCAACUUUGUAAAAAAAGAUGUACAUUUCAGGAUUUCAUUUUCUGCUCUGAUGAUGAUAGAAAAUGACCUAAAAUUCUUGGUACAUUUCAAUUCUUUACGUAUUGUGCAGCUGAAUAUGCUUUCCUCAUUUGCUCCUAACUCUGGUUGUUUCAAGGCAAGUUUCACGUACCGUAGCGAGAAGUUCAAUAAAUCAAACAUAGUGCAAUACAGACUGUAGCACAGCGAGGAUGAAUAGCAAUACUUUAUGAUAAAUAUUCAAAUCAUCCAGCAACUAUAAAAAAGGUAUUUUAUCCCAAAAAUUAACCGCAAAGCAAAAUAAAUCAAAGCGAGACAAUUUUCACUUCGUUGACGUCCGUUGAUGCAAGACUAAAAGUAUCUUUAUGCAAAAAAUUCCCAUUACAAUGUUACCAGCUGUUAUCUUACUUGUGUGAAGUCAGUUUUUCAAAUGCGUUUGGCUUGUGCAGCAUCUGCUGUCGUGCAUGUUUGAGUUCUGCCGGAGAAAUCUGUGGCCCUCCGGCAGCACACUGACUCACAUUCAGUCAAAUAAACAACCUGCUCUGCCUAUCACAUGCACCUCUAUUGCCCACGCUUUGACUUGCACUGAAAAACACAUGAAUAGUUUUUGAAACAUUUAUAUGUUGCUUCUCCCUAUAAAUGUUUAGUUCAUAGGCUGAAAGAGCAAAUACAUUUGUGAAUAUUUUGAGACAAAUAUCAAUACUAUCAAUAGAGCAAUGUAAUAAUGAAAUGCAGGCACAAUGCCAUGGAAAACCAAGUGAAUUUCUUUUAGAGGACUCUACAGUAGGUUUGUAACUUAAAAUGUGGAAACCUGAUAUGUGACCCUGUCUGUGAAAUCCAGGCUAAUGUGUCAUAAUAAAAUUUUGAGAUUAAGACAAUCAACGUUUAUUUUCACAUUGAUUUUAAUCGUUGACGUGACCUUACGCAGUCAAUAUUGAAUAUAUCAAGGUUAUAUUUUAACAGAAUUAUGUGGGAUGAUUUUAUGGCUUUUCACGGAAAGGGUUACAUAUAUUCAUUACAAUGGUAUUAUAGAACUAAUCUGUAUUUUAAAUAGCAACAACACAAAUAUUUAUUAAUUGCAUAAAUCAUUCUCUUAUUCUGAUGUUUAAUUGAAAAGGUUUUAGCUUUAAAUACAAAAAAUGUUCAAUAUGUAUCAAAUACUAAUCAAACCGUAAUAAAUAUUAACAGUACUGUGCAAAGUCUUAGGCCACCAUGCCAAAAUUAGAUUUGUUGUUUUUGCAAUGUCAUAGUGAUCAUAUAUAAUUGUUUCUCUGUCUCUUUAAUAGAAUACAUCCAGAAAAUACAGGAAAUGUGUAUAUAGUAUUAAAAACUGUAUAAAAAUGUAAACUGAUGUGUCAAGUUUUUAGGAUAAACUCCUCUUCCACUUGAGCAAUAGCAGGAAAUUGCAGGAUUUCUUAAACCUAAAUAAAAUUAAAUCCUCAUUUCUAAUUUUAAAGAAAUUAGUUUUUUUACUUCAUUAUGCGCAAAAACGCUCAAGAUGCCUUAAGAAGACAUUUAAUCCUGAAAAUUUAAUUAUUAUUUUUUUUGUUCAUAUUUCCUGUAUUUUCUGUUUGUAUCUUAACUCAUUCACCACCUGCCUUUUUGAGAAAAAUUGCCCACCUGCAUUUUUGUGAUUUUAACAAAAGUUUCACAAAAUUCCUUGCAAGAAAAAUUAUCUUCUAUAAAUAUAUAAACAUACAAAUUAUAUCAAAUUAAAGAACACACCUUCUGCUUUCAAACCAACAAAAAACAAACAAACAAACAAAAUGGGGAAAAACUUUCAUUAUAUAUUUACUUUUUCCACUUAAUUUAACCACUGAAAUAUGGAUAUUUCUCUUCAAAAAUACAACAUUUUGAGCAAAAAGCUUAAAAAAUUGCAUUUUUGUGAAGGAAUUUAUGUUAGAAAUCAAACUCAGAAUGACUAUCAAACAUAAAGGCAGUUAAAAUAAAUCAUUAAAUCUUUUUAACUUCUGUUUUUGAUAAAUUCGGUUUCGGUCCAUCUAGUGGAUAAAAGCGGUAUUACACUUUCACUUUGAAAUUCGUCCAGAAAGGCAUAUUUAUUAGUUAAAUAUUAACUCAUAAUUGACGAGAUAACUCGUCAAUGGCGGUGAAUGAGUUAAUAAAAUAGAUUGAAAAAUAAAUAUGGAUGGACAUUAAAACUUCUAAAACAUGCCUGGUGGUGGAGGCCUAAGACUUUUUCACAGUACAGUACAUUGUAAUAAUGCAUUUUACCUUACCUCAGAUAAGUUCAUGAAGACAACAUUGGGUCAUUGCUAUUGCAUUUACAGAUUAUCAAAAUGCAGAGGUGUAUAAUACUUAAGUAUUUUAGUUACAUUUUCCAACCAUCUGUGCUUUAUCAGAGUGUUUGUCUUGGGGAAAAAAAUAUUUUCUUUACUAAAAAAUGUUCACUACAUUCUAAAGCAUAGAAUCAUACUGUGUAUUUAUUAUAUAUUGCAUAUUAAAAUUAAUUUAAUGCCUAAUUACAUAAAAAUUGUGUACUUUUACUUUAUUGAGUAAAAGUAUGAAAAUAAUAUUUACUUAAGUAAAAGUACAACAAAUAACUAAAUGUUUAAUGUACUUAAAUAUUAAAUAUAAACCAACAACUUAAAAUGAUGAAAUGUAGUGGAGUAAAUAUUAUGAUAAUAUGUUUUGGAAUGUAUGUUUUCUAAAGACUUUUACUUUUAUGUAGAAAAAAAAAUACUUAAGUACUAUACAACUCUGUCAAAAUGUUAUGCAGAACAAAUGCAUAUUUUGCAUUGUAUAUUCAUUGGGCUUAUAGAGAUUGUGCAUACAGUAGUAGUGUCAGAGUACGCAAAUGAUUUGGUUGCAUUUUAUUUUAUAGGAUGUAAAUUAUAGUGUAUUUAAUGCAAUAGUUCACCCCAAAAUGAAAGCACAUAUGACUUUCACAGUUAAAUAAUAUCCUGACUUUUUUGAGCUUGGAUAGUGCCCCAAAUUGAAAGAUCCAAAAGUACAUCAAUCGAAAACUAAUCCAUACAGCUAUUAAAUGUCUUCUGAAGGGAAGCCAUGGGUUUAUGUAAUGUUGGGUCAGAGGUCAGCCUCCAGCUCACUAUGGCACCAUCCAAUGUCAUAAUGAAGCUGAAAAGAGCCAGGAUAUUAUUUAAACUGUGUUUGGCUAAUGAGAAAGUCAUAUAGGAUUGAUGAGGGGGAGUAAAAUAUGGGCUAAUUUUCAUUUUGGGUGAACUGUUCCUUAAUGACUGCUAACUCCAUAUAUGGGUUACGUUUAGGUUCAGGGCUGGUACAUACACUGUAAAAAUUCAUCGUUGCAUUUAAAUUUUAAGAUUAAUCAACUUGAAUUUACAAUCAAUUUCAACUUUCUUGACUAUUGAGGAGUUGCUAUAAAUUAUAAAAAUAAAGUUGAUAUAACUUAACCCCUAAAAAAGCCUAAACAGGACACUAAUUUUACCUGCUGUGUUAAUUGUUUCUUAAAAUUGUUAACAUCAUUUGAAUCACAAGGAUCUCAGCUUUCCAAAGAUAUGUGAAAUGUUAAUCUUUUUGUUUUUGAGUUGUUUUGAGUUUUCUCUCAAAGAAGUCAGCGUUCCUCUUACGUUUGGACUUUUAUUUUUAUAUUUUAUUGCAACUACUUACUAGUCAAGAAAGUUGAUUCAACUUAAAAAUGUUAAGUGUAACAAGACAUUUUUUUACAAUGUAGCAUAGUACUGGACUUAAAAAUAAUAUGCUACCAAUAUUUGUUAUCUUAAUACCAGGAUAUGUGACAUAUAUUCUGAAAAGAGAUGAAAAUAUAUUUCUAAGCGUUUCAUGAUCAGGGCUAUAAACACAACUAUGCCAUUUCUAAUAAUGUGAUUUAAGUUUAUUUACAUUUGCUGUAAUUCAGACUACUUUAAAUAAGCAUGACGGUGUUUCUUGUUAAAUAACGGAAAUGCAGUUAGCAAUUAACCCUACUCACUGUCUAUCUCAAUGGGCUUUACUACGGCGAAAAAGCCUAUCAGGAAGAACAAUCUCCAAUUACAGAUGGCUCAGCUGGAGGCUUUCUAUUCGCUCCGCAAAUUAAACAUGUAAAUAGCUCUUCUUUACCGCAAAACACCACAUCAUGUUAGUCAAUUAAAGAUCUUCCAGUUCCCACGCUGACAAACAGACGGCCUGUGGUACGUUUAAAAAGACGGGCAUUGGUUAUUUGAUUCAUCAAAAAGGGCCUUCAUUAGUAUUAAACAUAAGCACUUCUCUGGUUAUAUAUUUCAAACUGAAUAAUCUAUAUAAGGCAAGUUUAUCAAACCACAUAGGGACUUAAUGUUGUUUUAAUUGAUUCAAUUGCACGUUAUAAAGUCAGUUUCUAACUUCAUCAGAGAUUUCUUUAUUAAACACUAUUUUUAAAUGCCUUGUUAUCAAUGUAAACUGUAACGAAUCAAAGAGCAGUUAUUUACAGUCUCGUCCAGUUUGUGUUUUUCUGUACAAUAUAGAGUUGUGCACUAUGAUUUGUCUUUUUGAGAUUGUACCUGUAUCAAGGCAUUGCAUUUGACCCCAAACCAUCCACAGCUUUCAGUCAAUGAAGAUAUGCAACAUCUCAUCGCUUCCAAAUAUAUCAGCCUUCCUGCCAUAAGAUCCUACUUUCAGUUUGUCAUAAUGUCAGCAUCUGGAGAUCAUAGUCUUGGUUUUUGAAUCUCGGUGUACAGAAUAGUAAAGCUACGAUGGAUUUCUUAAAGAUGAUAAGUAUUUACUCAACAAGGCAAUACUUCUUACUUAAGGUGGAUUGAUAUAAGCCAUUGAAGUAACCAAAUGAAAGGCAAUGUGUUGAAGUACAACGGUGGCAUGGACUAUGCCGCAUCUUAUACUGGCAAAAUCUAAAACUGAAAUUGGAGCAACGUCCCAAAGAGAAGUUAAUCUCGAUCGAGCCUUAUGGGAAAUGAUGUCAUUUCCUUUUCCUGUGGUUUUAGAAAUGCAGCCAUCACACUAUGAGGAAAGUUUCAAGGUUUGGAUAAAAUAUGCAAACAGAUUUAUGUGGAAAAAAAUUGUGGCGACGAAACACAAAUUUCUUACGAGUUUUAAUGCUGCAUGAAUCUUUGUACAAGCCACAAUGUCAUAUUUAAAGUUGCAUUUAAAACUCAAUUUCAAUGACGUCAGUAUUGUUAUAUGUUGUAGACAUAUUUAAAUCUAUCUGAAAGCAGUUCUGUGAAACUUGCGCUUUAUAGAAAUGCCUCAAUGCUACCUAUUGCCUAAAAGGAUGUUGGUUUGACGUCGAGAAAGAGACGGAUUUCUACUUCAAGUAAACAGCCUUUAUCUUGUGAAGGUAUCGGCUGUGAAGGAUGGACAGAGUUGUACACAUUAAUUGCAAUGACAGAAGAUUUCAAUGUUCUGGCAUGCUGUAGAACUGUUUGUUUUUGUUUGGUUUGUUAUUUUUGUACAGAGCAGGUAACCUGCAAUGCUUUGAAUUUAUACAUUGUAUAGUUGUACGAAUUCAUUUUCAAAUACGUUAAGUAUCGAAAAACCUUCCUGCCUGGUUAGCUUUGUAUUUCAAAUGUGUUGCACAAGUCUGGCAAUUUUUUUAUUCUUCUUUUUUUGGCUAUUGUAUGUUUAUUUUAUAAUAAAACUGUCAAACGUAAUGAACAAAAUUGAGAUGUAGUUAUGUUGUUUUUAAAUGUUUAAUGUCUGUAUAAAAAUGAUGAAUAAAAAUGGUAUGAGCCAAGAAUUUCUGACCCAAAUAUGAAUAAUUCAGGGUUUGUAUUUCUUAAAAAGGAGUUUAUGCUUAACUAUUUC